CAAACAUAAUUGACCACUCGUUCAUAGGUCAAAAGCUUUAUUUUAUAAACCCCCCCCCCCUGUGAUUAUAGGAGACACUCCAUGCCCGAAAGGCCAGAGCGACAAAGCAAAAACAAGGCGGUUCUUGCCAUUCAGGCUUCGCUUCCUGAAACACAAACUGGCGGCAGUGGUGCUGAUUCUGAGAGUGAUGCUGAUACAUUCAAGCCCACAAAAGAAAAAAAACAGUCUAAAGCUCCAAAUUCAAAGAGAAAACGGCGGCGCGAUCCAAUAUCGGAUAGCGACAGCGAUGGUCAUAAUGAGGAUAAUGAUGGGGAAACAGGAAAGAAAGCUCUUAAUCAGGAGCAAAAAAGGAAAAGGAAAAAGAAAUCAGUAGAAGGGAUAAAAAAAGGCAAGAGGUUGAGAAAGGACUAUUGGAGUAUAAAUGACAAAAGCCGAGCACCGCUAAUGAACCUGGUCCACUCGCUUAUGUCACAAGAGGAAAAGGCGUCGAGGACACUUGCCCUCAUGGUUCUGGAUGGCAAGCAGGAUGAUGAGACGUAUCGAUGGCCUGUCCGGGAGGAGCUACUACCACCUGUCCCGAAGGAUAUUUAUGAAGAUGAUACUGAUGCCAAUUUCUUUGAAGCACAAGGGAUGGAAUUUGUUGAAGAGCUAGCAGGUGUACCGAAAACCACGGAUGAUUUCCUUGAGGAAUUUGAAGGUGCUGAGAACGAAGAGGAGAGUGAUGACGAUUUGGAUACGGCAACAGAUAAUGACAUGCCGCAAACUCAGAGAAUGUCAUUGCAUAAGCAAAAACGGCUGGAGGAACUCAAGGAAAGAAUCGACAACGAGCGUAAUGCAAAUAAUCGACUGCAAGAAAUUUACCAUUUACUCAAAAAUGAGUUCUCAGCCUUUGCUCAACGUCAGUACCGUAAAGGCAUGCAACACCGUGUGAAGGAUUUCUAUAGUUUUCAAAAGGAUACUCUGCCACCAUUUCGUGCUCAAGCUGCUCAAUCAACCAUUGGGGAGUCCCUUGCAGGCGAUGAGCAAGAUGAUAUACUCACACCAAUACAAGAGAAUGCGGCCAAAUUUGCAGCAGAGGAUGCACUCAAGCGAAUCCUUGAUCGAUUGCCAUAUGUCUUACGACAGGGAGCUUUAGGAAAUGUUCCGGAUUACGUCAGACUGGGCUUGCCCAAACCAGUAUCAUCGGUGGCAGAUUAUGAACGAGGCUGGGAUACAGUUAUGGCAGCUGCCAGUAUCAGUGGAAUUGAGGAUCGAAUCCUCAAGAAAGUAGCGUAUAGAAUGAAAAGCUUGCUGAGCCAAUCUAGGAACACAAAGUUUUAUGAGACAGCACCCAAGUCUAAGCCUGCGACAGUUGAAGAAAUGUUGGGAGGUACAGAAGAGGUAAUAAGAGGAUCUCCGAUCAAGGUCCGGUGUCCUUAUUAUUUUGAUAUAACGGCACAGUCAAUUCAACCAAUGGAUUCUGCGCCGAAACCAUUGUAUCUAUCGCACGACUUUAAGGAUCCGAUGGAUCCCAGGUACAGUGCGGGGUCAUUGAUACGAGAUGCACAACGAAGAAGGCAAUGGCUAGCCAAGUAUCCAUAUGCAUCAUGACUUGGAUGGUAUUUGUAUAGUGCCUGUUGGGUGUUCCUAAAGGGUAUCGAUGACAAGUUAGAUGCAUCAAUGCUAUUCUAAACUGCUUGUCUGGCAUGUCCAUUUUUUUUCUUUGAUAAGAGUCGUCGUGAUAAACAAAGCAUGUCUAGUAUAAUAUAUAUCAUCAUGUAUACUCGCGAUUUAAUAUUUCUAACCAAAUGUAUAUGAAUAUAAAAUAAAAGUUCAGUCAGG